CUCUUCCAGUGGUGACGUAAUGAUAAAGCUCACAGGAUUCGCUUGACAGCAGCUGAACAACAAUUGAGAAGUAGAGCAACUUUGUAGAACUAACUCAAAGACUAAAGAAAAGUUAUUUUAAGUUGGCCCAUAUAUUUACUUCCCCCUUUUAAAACGCGUCUAGGUGUUCAAAUGUGGAAACAUUGAUGGAUUCGAGGUAUGAGAUCCAGCGGAGGGCCGGUGGUGGGGGGUCGGCGAAUGCUUCUCCUGCUCUUGGGGCUCAGUCUCGCCGCAGGAAGAUGCCGCCAAGACCCGCUGAUUAUAAACUCCAGAUCAUUAUUAUCGGUUCCCGUGGUGUGGGAAAAACCAGUCUCAUGGAAAGAUUUACGGACGACACCUUCUGUGAAGCAUGCAAAUCAACCGUUGGAGUGGAUUUUAAGAUCAAGACAGUGGAGCUGAGAGGGAAGAAGAUCAGGUUGCAGAUCUGGGACACAGCUGGUCAGGAGAGGUUCAACAGCAUCACCUCUGCCUACUAUCGAGGGGCCAAGGGAAUAGUCCUGGUGUAUGACAUCACCAAGCAGGAGACCUUCGAUGACCUGCCCAAGUGGAUGAAAAUGAUUGACAAGUAUGCUUCAGAGGAAGCAGAGCUGCUGCUGGUGGGAAACAAGUUGGACUGUGAGUCGGACCGGAUCAUCACAAAACAAACUGCAGAGAGGUUUGUGUCGAGGAUAUCUGGAAUGCGUUUCUGCGAGGCUAGCGCCAAGGAUAACUUCAACGUGGACGAGUGUUUUCUCAAACUAGUGGACGACAUUUUAGCAAAGAUGCCGCUGGAAAUUCCCAACAAGGACCUUUCCAACAGCAUCCUGUCUCUGCAGCCUGAACCGGAAGUGCCUCCCGAGCUCAACCCGCCACGCAUGCGCUGUUGCUGAACCCCGUGGCGUGUCCCUUCCUGCCCAACCCUCUGCACCUGCAGUGAACCACCCCGGCCACCAGAGGGCAGCACAACCCAGAAGCAGCCUGGGAGCAUCUGGAGAGCAAGGCUCUCUCUCAAUUCAUCUUUCCUCACCUCCUCCCUCCUAGCCUCUGUCUCCUAGCCUCCCUUCGAAGAAAGUCUGUGGGGGGGGGGGGGGGGGGGGGGACUGGGGGGCUUCUGGUUCUGGUAUAGUUGAGAAGGAUGCCAGGAAGUAAGAUGUGAGGACAUAAGAUGCGAAGAAUCUCAGAAGAUGAGUUGAGAGAGAGUUGAGAGUGAGUGGUCGUGCCGACAGACCUCUCCUCCCACUGACAUGCUUCACCCCAUGUUUUUAGUCCCUUCCUGUAGCUGUGCAAAUGACAUACUCAUGAACACCCUCACACACCUGUACACACACACACACACACACACACCUGUACACACACACACACCUGUACACACACACACACCUGUACA